UUGUCAACUGGAACAGGAUAUCCUCGCCUUUUUUCAGAAAGGUUAAUCGGCUAAAUUAGGGUUAUCAAGGAACGGAUUCAUCAAGAUUCUCUCCAAACAAGGAUGAAGCUCAAGCAGUUAGAGUCCUUCCUCGGUGAAAUUCAACAGUUCUCCAAUCCAAAGGUGGAGCUCGAGCAGUACCCAACUGGACCUCACAUUGCUUCUCGCAUGUUGUACACUGCAGAGAAUUCUUUUGGAGAUGUUAGUGGCAAGAUAGUAGCUGAUUUGGGUUGUGGUUGUGGUACAUUAGGGGCUGCAGCUGCGCUGCUGGGUGCAGAGCAUGUUACAGGAAUUGACAUUGAUCCUGAAUCUCUUGAAAUAGCAUCUUCAAAUGCAGAGUAUCUUGAGUUGGAAAUGGACUUGGUUCAGUGUGAUGUAAAGAACUUGGUAUUGAGAGGCCAGGUUUUUGAUACCAUUGUAAUGAAUCCACCAUUCGGAACACGGCGAAAGGGUGCAGAUAUGGAAUUCCUUUCUGCAGCUUUGAAGCUUGCAUCCAAAGCAGUUUAUUCUUUGCACAAGACCUCAACAAGAGAUCAUAUAAAACGUGCAGCUUUGCGGGAUUACGGUGCCCAAAGUGCCGAGGUUUUAUGCGAGCUUCGAUACGACGUGCCCCAACUUUACAAAUUUCACAAGAGAAAAGAGGUCGACAUUGCCGUGGACCUUUGGCGAUUCGUGCCAAGAAGCCCCCGAGAAAAUGGUGUUUAGGACAGACCUACCGUUCAUGCCAUUUCUCCGACGUGAGUAACGUGAUCACAUCAAAUUUCCAUUUUUGUAAUAGACAAGAUGAGAAGCAUCAAACAGCUCCCACCAUCUUUCUGUAGAAUGUUCAUAUAUUUCUUUGAUGUUUGCUAAACGUUCGUUCUUUGUUUCGUAAGCAUCCCAAUUUCUUCGAGAGAGUCGUAAUUUUGUCAUGUCUUAAACGUUCAAAGACUACUAUUAAAAUACAAAUCUGUUAGAAUUUUGGACG